CCACUCCAGCAGGUCAAAUCUGCUCCUGUGCAGCCUGUUCCUGUGAAGCCUAGAAAGCCUUCCCCUGUAGAUGCUGCCAAGACAGCCCCACAAGACAAGGCUGCCAAACCUGCUCCAAUUGAGGCUGCCCAGCCACCCCUGCAAGAAAAGCUUGCUACUAUGGUGGCUCCAAAGCCAGAAACACAGGAUAAGGCUUCUCCCAUGGAGACUGCCAAGCCAGCCCCACAAGACAGGGCUGUCCAAGCCUGCUCCUGUGGAGGCCACUAAGUCAGCCUUGCAAGACAAGGAUGUCCCUGUGGAGGCUACCAAGCCAGCCGCUCAGUUCAAAUCAGCUCCCAAGCAGGCUGCCAAGCUAGUCUUGCAAGAAAAGCCUGUUCCUAGUGAGGCUGCCAAGCCUCUUCAGCAGGUCAAAUCAGCCCCUGUGCAGCCUGUUCCUGUGAAGCCUAGAAAGCCUUCCCCUCUAGAUGCUGCCAAGACAGCACCACAAGACAAGGCUGCCAAGCCUGCUCCUAUGGAGGCCACUAAGUCAGCCUUGCAAGACAAGGAGGCUGCCAAGCCAGCCGCUCAGUUCAAAUCAGCUCCCAAGCAGGCUGCCAAGCUAGUCUUGCAAGAAAAGCCUGUUCCUAGUGAGGCUGCCAAGCCUCUCCAGCAGGUCAAAUCAGCCCCUGUGCAGCCUGUUCCUGUGAAGCCUAGAAAGCCUUCCCCUCUAGAUGCUGCCAAGACAGCACCACAAGACAAGGCUGCCAAGACUGCUCCUGUGGAGGCCACUAAGUCAGCCUUGCCAGACAAGGAUGUCCCUGUGGAAGCUGCCAAGCCAGCUCCACGGGACAAGCCACUUUCUGUGGAGGCUGCCAAGCCAGCCGCUCGGGACAAAUCCGCUCCCAGGCAGGCAGCCAAAGUUGCCGAGACGCCGACUGUGGAGGCCACCCUGCUAUCCUUGGAAGACAAGCAUGUCCCUGUGGAAGCUGCGAAGCCAGCCGCUGAGGACAAAUCCACUUCCAUGCACGCCGCCAAGUCAGCCCCUCAAGACAAGGGCGCCAAGUCAGCCCCUCAAGACAAGGGCGCCAAGUCAGCCCCUCAAGACAAGGGCGCCAAGUCAGCCCCUCAAGACAAGGGCGCCAAGUCAGCCCCUCAAGACAAGGACGCCAAGUCAGCCCCUCAAGACAAGGGCGCCAAAUCAGCCCCUCAAGACAAGGGCGCCAAGUCAGCCCCUCAAGACAAGGGCGCCAAGCCAGCCCCUCAAGACAAGGGCGCCAAGCCAGCCCCUCAAGACAAGGGCGCCAAGCCAGCCCCUCAAGACAAGGCCGCCAAGCCAGCCCCUCAAGACAAGGCCGCCAAGCCAGCCCCUCAAGACAAGGCCGCCAAGCCAGCCCCUCAAGACAAGGCCGCCAAGCCAGCCCCUCAAGACAAGGCCGCCAAGCCAGCCCCUCAAGACAAGGCCGCCAAGCCAGCCCCUCAAGACAAGGCCGCCAAGCCAGCGCCUCAAGACAAGGCCGCCAAGCCAGCGCCUGUUGAGGCUGCAAACUCAUCCCAACAAAACAAGGCUGUCAAGCCAUCUCCUCAGGACAAAUCUACUACCACAAAUGCCGCCAAGCCAGACUUGGAGGACAAACCUGUUGUGGUGGAAGGAGCCGAGCCAGAGAAACAUACUCAGAAGGCUGAACUCAAGUCCGUUACAGAAACUAAACCAAUUGCUGAGACCAAAUUGGUUGGCGAGAUUCCUGUCCUUGACCCAACUAAACUUAAAUUUGCUGAUGCCCUUGUAAAACCUGCCCCUGUCCAACCUGAUGUUGAAGUAAUAAGUUCUGUCCCAUCACACAAAACUGCCCCCACAUCUGAUAAAACCCCAGGCAAGGUGGAGACUGGUUCAGGCACUGAGUCGGAGAGUGAUGACUCGGUCCCUGAGUUGGAGGAACAAGACUCUGCACAAACGCAGACACAGCAAGCACAGGUUGCGGCUGCUGCUGAACUGGAUGAGGAGCCCGUCAGUAAAGCAAAACAAAGCCGCAGUGAAAAGAAGGCACGAAAGGCAAUGUCAAAGCUUGGUCUCAGGCAGGUAACAGGUGUCACCAGAGUCACAAUUCGCAAGUCCAAGAACAUCUUGUUUGUCAUAACCAAACCAGAUGUCUACAAGAGCCCCGCAUCAGACACAUACAUUGUGUUUGGUGAAGCUAAGAUUGAAGAUCUCUCUCAGCAAGCCCAGCAGGCUGCUGCAGAAAAAUUCAAAAUGCAGGGAGAAGCUGUAUCAAACAUCCAGGAAAAUACACAGACGCCGACAGUACAGGAGGAGAGUGAAGAAGAAGAGGUUGACGAGACUGGAGUUGAGGUCAAGGACAUUGAACUUGUCAUGUCACAAGCAAAUGUGUCGCGGGCAAAGGCUGUACGUGCCCUAAAAAACAACAACAACGACAUUGUUAAUGCUAUUAUGGAGUUGACAAUGUAAAAUGGACCCUGGCAAAAAGUGUUUCGAGUGGUUGCUGAUUCGAUAUUAGUUCAUUUAUAGAAUUUAUACCCAAGAUGGAAAUAAAAAUGUGACUAUAAAAA